AUGACAUUCUCUGCCAUCUAUCCUGAUGUCAAGAUCCCCGAGGUUGACCUGUGGGGAUUGAUGUUUGAAAAGGAGCGAGAGGAGAACUUCCCUUUGGACAAGAUCAUCUAUCGCGAUGCCAUCACAAGCCGAUCUUAUUCCUACUCCGAACUUCACAGCGCUGCAAUUGCCUUUGGACAAGGGCUGCGCUCGGAGUGGGGAUGGAAGAAAGGCGACAUAAUGACUCUUUUCACACCGAACAGCAUUGACAUGCCCGUCAUUAUGUAUGGUACUUUCUUCGCUGGUGGGAUCGUGUCGACUGCGAACCCCAGCUAUUCCGUCGACGAGCUGGUUUUCCAGCUCAGAGACAAUGGCACGAAAGCCAUCGCAACAUUCAAAUCCCUCCUACCAACUGUCACUGCGGCGGCUGAAAAAUUGGGCAUUUCGUCCAAGAGAAUUAUUCUCAUUGGUGACGAGCGAGAUCCAACAAGUCGGUUCAAGCACUUUGAUCAGAUAGCGCGACCGGAAUCAGCACCUCUCGAUGACAGGCCGCGAGAGAUCCUAGAUCCCGACAGUGACCUUGCAUUCAUUGUCUACUCAUCUGGUACUACCGGCCUACCCAAGGGAGUCAUGUUAAGCCACCGGAACAUUGUUGCAAAUCUCCUGAUGGUGACUUCAUCCGUGGGUAAAAGCUACAAUUGGAAGAACGACAAGGUGAUCGGAAUAUUGCCCUUCUAUCAUCUCUACGGACUCACUUGCCUCCUUCACCAACCGCUUUACCGAGGCAUCGAAAUGGUCGCAGUGGAACGCUUCGACCUCGAAAUCUUUCUCCGGACAAUCCAGAACGCACGGAUCACUUUCGCCUAUGUCGCACCGCCUGUACUAGUCCAUCUCGCCAGCAACCCAAUGGCCCAUAAAUUCGACCUGAGUUCGUUGCGCAUGGUUACAUCCGGAGCUGCGCCGCUCACCCGCGAACUAGUCGAGACCAUCCACAGCCGACUCAACAUUCGAAUCAACCAGGCUUAUGGACUUAGUGAGACAAGUCCCGUUACGCACGCGCAGCCUUGGGAUGACUGGCAUGCUAGUGUUGGCAGUGUCGGCAAGCUGAUGCCGAAUCUGACUGCAAAGUGUCUAUCGCCCGAAGGUGCGGAAGUGCCAGCCGGGGAAAAUGGGGAACUUUGUCUCAAGGGACCUAGUAUAUUCAGGGGGUAUUGGAAGAAUGAACAAGGCACUGCUAUUUCCUUCACGACGGAUGGAUACUACAAGACUGGAGAUGUCGGGUAUCAUGACAAGGAAGAGAACUUCUACGUUACGGAUCGCGUGAAGGAAUUGAUCAAGUAUAAAGGAUUCCAGGUUGCUCCGGCAGAGCUUGAAGGACUUCUCAUUUCCCACCCAAGCGUCAACGAUGUGGCUGUUAUUGGAAUUGACCAGGAUCAUACAGAGGUCCCUCGCGCUUAUAUCGUUGUACCGAACGGCAUUGAAAGAUCGUCAACUACAGCUGAUACAAUCAGAACAUGGAUGGACGCGAAAGUGAGCCCACAUAAGAAGCUGAGGGGUGGAAUCAGAUUCGUGGAUGAGAUUCCAAAGAGUGCCGCGGGCAAGAUUCUGCGAAGGACCCUCAAAGAUACUGCGAAACAAGAGCAGAUAUCUAGUAAAUCCAAGUUGUGA